AUGAACUCUCGCUGGGAUAUCAGCGUGCAAGAGGACAAGAAGUUCUCCGAGAACCUUGAGAUGGAUUUAGACGAUGACGACAAUGAGAACAAAGUUGAGCAAUCGAUCACCAUAGAGGCCUCGGCGCAAGACUGUUUCACAGCAGCAACAACCUAUGAAGACUAUCCCAAGUGGGCAGGGUGCACAAAGGCGGUCAAGGUCCUCGAAAGACGAGCAAGCGACGGCCUGGCCGUGCUUGUAGAGUUUGUAAUGGGGAUUUUUGGCUUCACCUCGCGGAACAAGAUGAAGUACACAUAUGACAAGCCUCGGUGCAUGAGUUGGCACAUCACGGAGGGAGGGAUCAAAGAGCUUGAUGGAAGGUAUGACUUCAUCUCGCUCGGUCCGGAGAGAACCAAGGUUGUAUACAAGCUGAGGGUCGAGCCCGGUUUCUUCCUUCCUAAGAUGAUAAAACGAGCUACUUCAAGAGCCGUCGCCAAGAUGGCCCUAGAAGAUCUUAAGAGAUUCACCGAGCAGCGCAAUCAGGAAAAAAGCCUCCUCGAGGUCGAGAACAAGGACGUCUGCACGACGUCGGAGAGCACAACAUCGCCACUAAGGCAUUUGAUCCCUCUCUGUUGA